AUGAAAUUCGAACGAGCUGGGCAUAGCAGCAGCGGUCGGGCGUUGAAACAGCAGUAUGCGGCACUCACAGCGGCGCAGCCGUUUAAUAUGCCAAGGAAAAGACUACGUACUACCAAUAACAGAUCAUAUAGUGUAGCAGAUCUUAGACAAGCAUGUGAAGAAGUCCUGACACAUGGUCGAACAACUCGAAGUGUUGCACUUCAGUUUAAAAUCCCAAGAAUUACUUUAAAAAGGUAUGUCGAUAAAUGUCGGGAAAAAAACAACUUGGAUAUAAAUUUUUGCCCCAACAACGAACAUCUCUUGGCUUUUAGUCCCGUUGAAGAAUUACUUCUUAAAAAAUACUUAGAGCAUGCAUCAAACAUUCACUAUGGCUUGUCUUCUAAACAAGCUCGUAUUCUAGCUUACGAGUUUGCGGUGGUCAAUGGCAAAACCAUAAAAGAAAGUUGGUCCCGAGAAGCAAUGGCAGGCAAAGAGUGA